UCUCUCCCUCUCUCUCUCCAAAUAGAAAAACCUCUUUUAGUUUCAAUCUUCACCACAUGCACCCUAAGCCCGUCAUCUUCAAUUUCUCAAAUCCAUCACCAACUUCUUCGAUCCUGAUUCCUUCUUCCAUGAAUUGAAAACAAACCUCAACACCACUAGCAGCUUCAGCUUCCGUCAAACCCCAAAUCAUCAUCAUCAAAAAUGGACAAGUACGAGCUCGUCAAAGAUAUAGGAUCCGGCAAUUUCGGCGUCGCCCGCCUCAUGCGCAACAAAGAGACCAAAGAACUCGUCGCCAUGAAAUACAUCGACCGCGGCCUCAAGAUUGAUGAGAAUGUCGCCCGAGAAAUCAUCAACCACAGAUCACUACGUCACCCCAACAUCAUCCGAUUCCGGGAGGUGGUUCUGACUCCCACGCAUCUCGCUAUUGUCAUGGAGUACGCCGCCGGCGGUGAGCUCUUUGAGCGUAUUUGCAAUGCCGGAAGGUUCAGCGAAGACGAGGUCUCGUCUCCUUCGUUUACUUGGGACUCACUAUUAACACCAUCACACUUUGCAAUGUCCAGGCCUGAUUGUAUAUAUCGUGUUCUGAUUUUUUCGCAGGCUAGGUAUUUUUUCCAGCAGCUUAUCUCAGGUGUUAGCUAUUGUCAUUCCCUGCAAAUAUGUCAUCGGGAUUUGAAGCUGGAGAACACCUUGCUGGAUGGGAGCCCGGCUCCGCGGCUCAAGAUUUGUGAUUUCGGUUAUUCUAAGUCGUCUUUGCUGCAUUCAAGACCAAAGUCGACUGUGGGAACUCCAGCGUAUAUUGCACCUGAGGUUCUUUCCCGAAGAGAGUAUGACGGCAAGUUGGCAGAUGUAUGGUCUUGUGGGGUAACACUGUAUGUUAUGCUGGUGGGAGCAUAUCCAUUUGAGGACCAAGAAGAUCCAAAAAAUUUCAGAAAAACCAUUAAUCGAAUAAUGGCUGUUCAGUACAAGAUCCCCGACUAUGUUCACAUAUCUCAAGAUUGUAGGCAUCUCCUCUCUCGCAUUUUUGUUGCAAAUCCAGCAAGGAGGAUCACCAUCAAAGAAAUCAAGAACCACCCAUGGUUUUUGAAGAACUUGCCGAGAGAGCUCAUGGAAGCAGCUCAAACCAUGUACUACAGAAAAGAGAACCCAACCUUUUCACUCCAAACUGUUGAAGAUAUCAUGAAGAUAGUGGAAGAAGCCAAGAAUCCUCCCCCUGUUUCCCGAUCGGUUGGAGGCUUUGGCUGGGGAGGAGAAGAAGAUGGUGAUGCAAAGGAUGAGUUAGAAGAGGAGGGUGAGGAUGAUGAAGACGAGUAUGAAAAGAGAGUGAAAGAAGCACAUCAAAGUGGGGAAGUACGUGUUGUCUGAGAUGAUCAAUAUUGGAGAAGCCAAGAAGGUUAGUUUUUUCAGUGUCUAUGUAGCCGAGAAUGUUGUCAGGCUUGUAUAAACAGUCAGUUUCUGCUCUGGGGAUGGUGCUUGAAUAAACAAAUGUUCGUAAACAUACAGUGUGGUGCUAUGGAACAUACCUAAGUUUGUCCUGCGACUGUCUGUGAAUGUUUCAGUAUUAGCAUUUGUAGUUAAAAGAUUGUGAGUGAGUUGUUUGCCUUUGUUUUCCAGAAUUAAGGGAGGUGAGAGGAUUGGAGGUGUAAAAGUGUAUUCACAGAUUCUGGUACCCGAAUGUGGGUAACUAGAUGGUGGUUUGUUCAGUUAAAAUAUAAGUCAACACAUUUGUCAUGUAUAUUACUUCUUGUAAUAUUCUGAUUUUAUCCCCCAA